CCCCAUUGUUUGCCCCACCCCGCUCACCCCCAGCCGCCGCGCCGCGCUGCUCCCUCCGGCCGCCCCCCUAUUGCCGCCGCCGCCGCCGCUCCCCUCGGCCAAGCUCGAUCGUGGUAGUCGACGGCCCCUCCUCUCCCCUCCCGCCUCCGGCCUCCCUUUCACCACUGGACGCCGGGAUCACUGCCGCGGCCACCCGCACGGCGCAGCGCGUGCCUUUAUUUGUCUCCCCCGUUCCCUUCUCCCUCAGUCUCUCUCCUCACUUGGUCUUCCUUUCCUGGCGGCGACGACUGGGCGAGCGGCGGCGCUAUUCGUUCUCCGCAGGGCCCUAAGCCGGCGCAGAGCACCCACCAGUUAUGCUUUGCAGCAGUAGCGAAUAGCAAGGAGUUAGGAGAGAUGGAUAUGCAAGAGAAAACAAUUCCUGCUCAACAAGGAAAGGAAAAGAAAAAAGGAAGUGCAAAGAAAAGAGAGAGAGCAAGGGCGAGGUCAUCAUCUGUUUUGGAUUCUACUAAUGACACAGUCAUCAAUGAGGAAAUGCCAGAGUACAAUCUUGAUGGACCUACUAUUGGGGAAAAACUAGCAACUCUGGAUUUGAUCAAUAGAGAUAAUGAAAGGAAGGACACUGAAGAGCAAACACUGGCUAUGGCACUACCAAGUGCAGAUUCAGUCCAUAUUUUGCUCAAGCAAGCUCUACGUGCUGAUGAUAACAUGUCAUUGCUAACUUGCUUGUACAAUAGAGAUGAAAAGGUUAUUGCAAAAUCUAUAUCACUCCUAACACCAGCAGAUGUUGUAAAGCUUCUCAAGUUCUUCGUACUGCAAAUACAAUCUAGGGGUGCAGUACUGGUUUGUUUACUUCCAUGGCUGCAAACUUUACUUAGUCAACACAUGAGCAGCAUAGUGUCCCAGGAGUCUUCUCUGUCCUUGCUCAACUCGCUCUACCAGCUUAUUGAUGCAAGAACGUCGACAUUCAAGUCAGCACUUCAACUCUCUACCACCCUAGAUUACCUUUUCAGCGAGAUUGCUGAUGAUGAAGCUGAUGAUGAAGAGGUAGCACCACCAAUAAUUUAUGAGGACAAGGACACUGAUGAUGAAGAGUCUGAAGCCGAUGCUAUGGAAACUGAUGGGGAAGAGGCUGAAGAGCUAGGGGAUGUUACUGAUGCCUCUGAGCAUUCCGAUGGAAGUGAGAUCAUGAGUGACUGAUUGACAUGUACCCUAGGACUGAGCUCUCAAAUGCGUCCUGUUGAGGUGGAAUUCAUGAAACUCAUGACGACUGCAAGUUCUAUGAUGAUGGUUUACAUUACUGUGUCCUAGCCAAUUGCUACAUCUGUGGAUUCACUUGUUGGGUCGGCCCAUGGUUCAAUCUGGAUAUAGUAUUCUAGGCUUCGAGUUUUGAUGAUA